CAAGAAAAGUUAGAGAAAAAAAUUAAGUUCAUAGAUGCAUGAACUAUGUGGCGAUAACAAACAAUGAUCAGACUCAAAAGACGAUUACAGAUAACAAAGAAGAUGCAGAGGAAACACGGAACUCUAAAACACAGAUGUGGAAUCAGGGGCCAUGAAAUAGUGAGAAUCCCCUACCGACAGGUCAUACCUGCUCAUUGUCAUGAUUGGAAAAUAAAGAAAAAAUCAUCAUAUACAAAAUCCCAUGAAAACAGACAGCGCACAUUUCUUCGGUACAUCUAUAGACAGCGAUGUGUCAUCCCGAUGAGCGAAGCUGAUAAACUAACAAUUGAGCCGGGUAUCAGACAAAUGCUGGGACAUUUAGUCCAGAAAGUCGGAGAGAAAAAUCCUGUCUUUAAAAUAUCAGACAUAAUUUCAUCAGGAAGUUUCUAUGAAGGAACGAAAAUUGGAAAUUUUGAUGAAUUUGACUUUAUGGUAAUUUUGAAGAUAUUUUCAGAACCUGAUAGAAUUAAUAUUCAAAAGGGAUGUUCGGACUGGUACACGAAACUCCAACUGAAAACAGACCAAAAGGAAAACCUCCAACCAUACAUGUGCAUGUGUUAUUGUACUAGUGGUAGCGUUAAUACUGAAGAAUUUCACAACAGAUAUGAGAAUUACUUCAGAAAUCCAAAAGAUUUGAUUUCUAGUUUCUGGAAUACUAUUUCUGAAGUUACGGAGUCCAACUCUUUUCAUGUGGAAAUACUCGAAGGGACCUUAAAGCCAACAAAAAUCGAGAAAGAAAAACUUCCACUUGUAUAUGUUAAAAGGUGAGGAGUGUCAGAU